AUGAUCCAGCACGUGGCUGCUGCAGUUUGCACUCUGUACUCUGUGGCUUAUUCGGGGUAUUUUUUAACCCACUUGGCACGGCACCUCAUGUCUGGAUUCCGAGCAGCUCCUCCUUCGGGCACAGAAGCAGCACCAGCACCUCCUGGGGCUCCCUCUGCUUCCAAAGAGGAGGUCAACAAGGAGGAAGACAGCAGUGAGCUUCCCGCUGCUCUGGGGGACGAUGGUGAACUUCCCUCAGUGCUGGGAGAUGACAGUGAACUUCCUGCUGCUCUGGGAGAUGAGGGCGAACAUCCCGCGGGGUGGGAAUGCAACGGCGAGGCUCCCGCGGGGUGGGACAAGGACAGGGGACAUCUCCCGGCCUGGGACGAGGACGGUGGAUGUCCCCUGGUGUGGGACCAGAGUGGCCAAGCUCCCACGGAGUGGGAUGAGGACAAUGGACAUCUCCCAGUGUGGGAUGAGGAUGGAGGAUAUCCUGUGGCUUGGGAAGAGGAGAGGAACACCGUGAGCGAGGCGGAGCCUGCCGAGAAAUACCUGGAAGUGGAGCAGAUUGGCCAAGGGGCUUUUGGAACCGUUUAUAAAGGACUCGACAGGGCCACUGGAGGAGAGGUGGCCAUCAAGAAAAUGAGUCUCAGAGGGCAGAACAGGGAACGAGCUGUGAAUGAGAUCCUGCUCCUGAAGGACAAGAAGAACCCCAACAUUGUCAACUCUUUGGACAGCUUCCUUGUGGAUGGAGAUCUCUGCCUGGUGAUGGAAUAUAUGGAUGGAGGAACUUUGCGGGACGUUGUCAGACAGACACGCAUGGCUGAAGGAGAGAUGGCAGCUGUCAGUCGGGAGUGUCUGCAGGGCCUGGAUUUCCUCCAUUCCAACCGGGUGAUCCACAGGGAUCUGAAGAGCUCCAACAUCCUCCUGGGCAUGGACGGCUCUGUCAGGCUGGCUGAUUUUGGCCUCUGCGCUCAGCUCAGCCCUGAGCAGGACCAGCGCAGCUCUAUGGUGGGCACUGCUCACUGGAUGGCCCCAGAAGUUGUGACCAGAUCUCCUUAUGGCCCCAAGGUGGACAUCUGGUCCUUCGGCAUUGUGACCAUCGAGAUGGUGGAAGGAGAACCUCCUUACUUCAGGGAAACGGCGGCCAUGGCUCGCGCUCUGAUCCGGCAGAACGGGACCCCGCAGCUGCAGGAGCCCCGGCGCCUGUCGGCUCUGCUGCGGGACUUCCUCGAGUGCAGCCUGGAGCCGGACGAGGAGCGGCGCUGGGCUGCCCAGGAGCUGCUGCAGCACCCAUUUUUAUCAUCAGCCAAGCCUCUCUCCAGCCUGACACCUCUGAUCACUGCAGCAAAGCAACUGAGGGAGCAGUGGAGGAGAUGA